AUGACAAUAGAAGCUGGAAAUGACUACAUUAGACAAGAACUGAGUGAUACAAAUUGCAAAGAUGGAGCCAGUAAUGAGUCCUUCAGUCUUAAAUGUUUCAGUGAUGUAAAUCGUUCCAUACUACAAACAGAGGUGAAGAUUCAUCUCAGUGGUCUCUGAAAGGACUACUAUCUGAAUAUCAUAGACUGGAACCUUAAAAAUCUUGUUGUGAUAGUCCUUGGAUCUUUUCUUUACAUCUGGAACGGGGAAAACCAGAAUGGGAUUAAAAAUACAGAUUUCAGUUUCAAAUGUAACUAUGUAUCUUCUGGUCCUGGAUCAAAAGGUACUUGCCUGGCAGUUGGUACCAGCGAAGGAGAAGAGCAGCUAUGGAAUGUGGUAACUGAAAGAUGGCUGAGAAACAUGCAGGGUCAUUUGACAGUAGUCCGUGCUCUGAACUGGAAUCACUGUAUCCUCAGCAGUGGGUUGAGCGAGACUAGCCAUGUGCAUCAUCACUAUGUUCGGGUAGCUUGUCAUGAUGUUGGAACUCUUCACCACAAGCAAGCUGUGUGUGCUCUAGAGUGGUCCCCAGGUAGCAGGAUGCUUUCCACUGGCUGUUGUGAUGGGUUGCUGACUCUAUGGCCCCAUGAUUUGACCAACGUGCAGAGUCAGCCACUAAAAUUUAUAAUCCAGUCCACAGCAGUUAAGAUAUGUUCCCUAAUCUGGCUGCCCAAGACAAAGGGGAUUGCAACUGCAAUGGGACAGGGGACUCCUAAGAAUGAUGUCACCAUGUGGAUUUGUCCUUCUCUGGUCAAGUCCAGUGGAUUUUUGGGCCACAGAGGCAGAGUCCUACAUCUGACUUUGAGUCUGGAUCAGACCUAAGUGUUUUCUGCUGCAGCUGACGGGACAGCCUGUGUGUGGAGUUGUUAA